UGUCCUUGUGCUGUCAUUUUCUGCUUUGUGUGUUUAGUAUGCAGCCUUACACACUGCGGCCCUCCCACACGCCUGCAUAUGAAAUCCACAGAGACAAGCUGGUCAGUCACAUUAGAAGGACGACACAUUACAUGUUCAUACCACCAAGAAAACACACAAAGGAUUAUUGACACUCCCAACAGUGGACGUCUGUUGGCAAAAAGAAGAGUGGAGGGACAAAUCUUGACAAGCAUACACUGAAUGACUGAGGGAAGACUUGGUCAAGAAGACUCGAUUUAAGGAUUUUGUGAGGGACAUUUUUGUUGACAGUGAUCUAGAGUGAUCAUGGCAUCAACAGGUCUCCAGGUGAUGGGUUUGAUUUUAGCUGGGCUGGGUUGGGUGUGUGGGGCGUUGGUGUGCGCUGCUCCACUGUGGCGCGUGUCAGCCUUCGUAGGUGGGGAGCUAGUGAUCGCCCAGGUGCUGUGGGAGGGGCUGUGGAUGAACUGCCUGUCUCAGACCACAGGUCAUAUCCAAUGCAAGACCUACGACUCCACCUUGGCCCUGCCCAAGUCUGCCCAGGCCGCCCGGGGCCUCAUUGUCCUGUCCUUACUCCUUUGCCUUCUGGCACUUAUAAUUGGGGUGGCAGGGGCCAAGUGCACUCACUGCAUGGGUAGCGGAAACAAGGCCCCCAAGGCUCGGCUGGCUAGGAUAGCAGGGGUACUCUUCCUUGUGGCUGGCCUUGCUUACUUGCUACCCAUCUGUUGGACGGCCUAUGCAAUCAUCAGGGACUUCUAUGAUCCAAAUGUUGCAGCGCCCCUUAAGAGAGAGCUGGGACCAGCGCUGUACCUUGGCUGGGGCGCCAGUCUACUGCUCCUGGUCGGGGGUUCGCUGCUGCAUGUCGGCUCUUCUCCACCAGGAGGAAGAGCGCUGCCAGUUUUUGGAAGAGCGGCGAAAGACAACCCGCAGACAGGUGGAGCAGGAGAAGCGAAGCAACAGGAAAAAUCUUUUGUAUGAGGUCGUUUCACUGGACAUGUGAGGUGUGAGCAAACACAGGAGGUCACAACCAUGUCAACAAAAAAGCCUCUGGAAACUGCAAUAAGGCUAUGUUGUGUUUAUUAUCAGCCUACACUGUGUUGUGGAUAUGUGAUCUAAUCUAACUGAGAUACAUGCAGAUUUAUAAAUUAACUUCAAGCUCUGUGUUCACGUGGGAGUAGAAAUCAAUUGUUGAAGGAUUACAGCUGUUUACUAAUUGCAUUUCUUAAAUGCCACUCUGCCUCUGCUUGCUUGUGUGUGUGUGUGUGUGUGUGGGUGAUAUGUGUACAGAAGGCCAGUGUUCAUAGUACUUGUGUGCAUGCUGGUGUUUUCAGUGAACAUGUGUGGGCAGUGACAGUUGUGCAUGAUUUUAUUUUAUUUUUUAAAUAAUUUAGCAAAUGUACUCCUUAAAAUACAUGAUUUUCUUGUAUUUUCUAUGUAUUUUCUUGUAUUGUAUUAUUUAAAGUUAUUUUUCAUGUGCCUUUUCAGCAUAACUUUAAAAGAUCAUAUUUUUAACUAAUCUGUUUUACUGCUAUAUGAAUAUAUAUACUAUAGACUACCAAUGAAUAGUACUCGUGCAACAUUGAUACAUUUAUCAUAAUUCCCAAUUGUUUAUUUAAUAUGAAAGAAAAAGACAUGUUGCUGAGUUAUAUUCUUAGAGUAUUAACUGGGUUGUGAUGACAAUUUCUAGCUUUGGCUACAGUUGACUUGAUAAAAGUCUAUAGUAAAGUAUCGUUUUAUGGAUUAUCACGGAUUACGCACAAUAAGAGCUCUGUUCUUUCAAACAUGUACAUGUGCCUGCUGACUUCAAAACAUAGGAGAAUAACUCCCAUUCUAACAACUUUAUAUUUUCACAUAUUUUAUGAUUUAAAAGUAUGUGUGUAAAAGCUUUAACUUAUUUAACCCUCAUGAUUGGGGCUUAUUCGAUUAUUAAUCAAUGAAUAAAUUAAUCG